CAAACCCAUCUUUAGACUUCCUCUCUUUCUCUAUUGGAAAAAGAAGGCUCUUUGCUGAACAGGAAUUCAAAGAAUGGGGUGUUCAAGUUCUUUCUUGACUUCCUUUCUUCUAAUUGCAGUGCUAAGUGUGACUAAUGGGCAGCCUCUGGUUCCUGCAUUGUUCAUAUUUGGAGACUCUGUGGUUGAUGCUGGCAAUAAUAAUAACCUACACACCAUUGUUAAGGCAAACUUCCCUCCUUAUGGAAGGGACUUCACCAAUCACGCGCCAACCGGGAGGUUUUGCAAUGGAAAACUCGCCUCUGACUUCACUGCUGAAAACCUUGGGUUCACCUCUUACCCGCCAGCUUAUCAAAACUUGAAGGCCAAAGGGAAAAACCUCUUGAAUGGUGCCAACUUUGCGUCGGGUGCAUCUGGUUACUAUGAACCUACGGCCAAAUUAUAUCAUGCAAUUCCUUUGAGUCAGCAGCUGGAAAACUACAAAGAAUGCCAGAACAUAUUGGUGGAAGUAGCAGGACAAUCAAAUGCUUCAUCAAUCAUAUCGGGGGCUAUACAUCUUAUAAGUUCAGGGAACAGCGACUUCCUUCAGAAUUAUUACAUAAAUCCUCUGCUUUAUAAGGUUUAUACUGCUGAUCAGUACUCAGACAUACUCUUGCAAGCCUAUUCCAGUUUUGUUCAGAACUUGUAUGCACUGGGCGCAAGGAAGAUUGGGGUGACCACAUUACCUCCUAUGGGCUGCCUACCAGCAGCCAUCACCCUGUUUGGUUUUGGUAGCAACCAAUGCGUGGAAAGGAUCAACAAUGAUGCUAUCAACUUCAAUAAAAAGCUAAACACCACUUCUCAGAGCUUACAGAAGCAGCUUCCAAACCUCAAUUUGGUCGUCCUUGAUAUCUACCAGCCUCUCUAUCAGCUUGUCUCUAAGCCUUCAGAAAAUGGUUUCUUUGAAGCAAGGAAGGCUUGCUGUGGAACGGGCUUGCUGGAGACCUCUAUACUGUGCAAUCGCAAGUCCAUAGGGACAUGUGCCAAUGCGUCUGAGUAUGUAUUCUGGGAUAGUUUUCAUCCUUCAGAAGCUGCAAACAAGGUCUUGGCAGAUAAUUUACUCACUGCAGGCAUCUCUCUCAUCUCAUAAUUUCAAUCACUUUCGGGCUUAUGUUCUGCUUGUACUUGAUUAUGGUACUGUGAGAGUUUGGGAUUCAUACGGAAGGAGGUUUAAUUUGUUGAACGGGAAAGUUCAGUGUGGGUUCUCAGGUUUGUGUAAUUGAAUAAGACCAAUGAUCGUGUUGUAUGCUCGUAUAAGAUUUCUUCUCGUGUAAAGUUUCUCCUUUUGGUUGAUCAAAUAUGGUAUGCUUUGUAUUUCCAGAGUUUGUAAUCAGUGAAUUAAUGUGACCGAUAAGUAAUAGAGAUAGCAA